AUGAGCCCUCUCUCUCUCUGUCAAAGAUCAAUUAAAAAUCCAUUCUAAAACCCUUGAUAAGUUUAAACCCUAACCCAAAAGAGAGCACAAAAUUAGCUUUCAUAAUAUUUGAGAGCCAAAGGCAAAUACCAAAACCCAAAGAAGAAAAUGCCUUCUUCACGAAUCCUAACCAACAAAAUCCCCACCACCUUCUCAUUUUUCACUUCAUCUUCUUCUUCUUCCACCUUAAACUACUGUCACCUAACUCCGUCACAGCACCGCUCGAUCUCCUCCACGUCACAGCUCCACAACUCAUGGGUGGACAAGAUCAAAGGGGCCUUCACUGGGCAGAAGCAGAAGACCACUACAGGUCCAGAAGGAGGACCCCAAAUCAGCUCCGAAGCAUUCACUCUCCUCCGGUUUGCGGAUGAGUUGAAGAAUGCGAGAAGGAUAGGGACAUUCAAGCAGUAUAUAGUGGGACGAAGCAGUGAAGCGACAUUUGCUGAUGCUUUUGAGAAACAGGAAGCUAUACUUCGAUAUCUUGGAGGCUUCGAUUCUACUGGAGAUAAUAUUCAAAGCAGUCAAAAACAAGAAGCAGCAAAGCAUUGUAAUUGCACGGUGGCAGAUGUAGAGAAUGCACUUGCAAAGUUUACAUGGGCCAAAGAGGCGCAAAAGAAGCUAGAGAAGUUAAAAGAAGAAGGGAAACCAAUGCCGAAGAACAUUGCUGAGGUGCAAAAACUGAUGGGUUCAACACCAUUGGAUAUUGCCAGGUCUAAUUUGGCCAAGAGUGGGCAAAUCAGUAGAAAUGCGCUAUGCCCUUGUGGUUCCAAGAAGAGAUACAAAAGGUGCUGUGGGAAGGAUUGAUCUGGGAACAAAAAAUUUUCAGCAAAAAGAAUCCUAUUCCAAAUCUUGGAAAUGAGAGGUGUGCAGAGCUAGUAGAAUCAAAAUGCUGUCUCAAAUAAUGUCUCGUUGAAGCCCUUUGCUUUAGUUCAGUGAGUUGGACAAUUUGGCCUGUAGACGAGAUCCUCACACUGCUUGCAGGGGACUGAUGAUCAGAUGGGUUUUUAACCUAAUUGGUUGCCCUGCUUUUUCAUUUUUGUAAUGAAAUUACAAAUUAGCUUAUAGAAUGCAUAAAAGCCUUAUUCUUUA